CACUGAUAGACACAUAACUGUGUGUCUUUCCGUGUGUGUGUAUAUAUUCUGUAUGUAUACACUCAUCGUCUCUCUGAAGCUUCCUAAUCUUCUCCUCACCAUGUGAGAUGUGAUUCCUCUUCUCUAUUUCUCAUGUGAUAAAGCUGUUCUGGAUUCCCCUCACUUCACCUCUUUUGGAGAUCUAAUCUCGAAGAAAAAACACGGAGAGAGAAAAACGAAUUAGAAAAUUAUUCUGUUGGUUUUUACUUAGCUGAUUCCAGUUUAGGAGAUUUUCGAUUGGGGCAGUCAAUUCCGAGAAAUUCGAAGAGUUAUAUCGUUAGGCAUUUGCUUCGUCUUUAGUCUUCUGAGCUUGUUGGCUUUCAAAGUAAAAUUGUUUGGUUUUGGAGAUUGUGCAUUUUAGAGAUUGUGGAUGAUGGAUAAGGAUAAAUCUCACCAUGGGAACGCACUUCCGCCGUCGGGGAGAUACCCUGUUUUCUCUCCACCGGGGAGUAGUUACAGUGCAAAGUUGGAGCAAUCUGGUUCGUCGAAUUUACCUCCGUUGGGGCCAGGUAGUUCAUCAGAGCAGGGUCAUUUUGGUCAUGGUAUGCAGUCGGAUUCUAGGCAAUUUAGUCAUGAUAUAAGCCGCAUGCCUGACAAUCCACCGAAGAAUAUUGGUCAUCGACGUGCUCACUCUGAGAUUCUUACUCUUCCGGAUGAUAUUAGCUUUGACAGUGAUUUGGGGGUUGUUGGUGGCUUGGAUGGGCCUUCUUUUUCCGAUGACACCGAGGAUGACUUGCUUUCCAUGUAUCUUGACAUGGAUAAGUUCAAUUCUACAUCUGCAACUUCAUCAUUCCAAGUUGGCGAGUCGUCUAAUACAAUGUCAGUGGAGCAAGGUCUUUCAUCUGGUCCAUUGGGAGCAGCUGGUCAAUCUUUAACUGAAAAACCGAGGAUUAGGCAUCAGCACAGCCAGUCCAUGGAUGGGUCGACUACUAUCAAAUCAGAGAUGCUCAUGUCUGGUUCAGAAGAUCCCGUUUCUACUGAUGCUAAGAAGGCCAUGUCUGCUGCUAAGCUCGCUGAGCUUGCUCUUAUUGAUCCAAAGCGUGCUAAGAGGAUUUGGGCAAAUAGGCAGUCAGCAGCAAGAUCAAAGGAACGUAAAAUGAGAUACAUAGCUGAACUUGAAAGGAAAGUACAGACUCUGCAAACAGAAGCAACUUCGUUGUCCGCACAGUUAACUCUACUGCAGCAGAGAGACACCAAUGGUCUUACAGCGGAAAAUAGUGAACUCAAACUGCGGUUGCAGACGAUGGAACAACAAGUGCACUUACAAGAUGCUUUGAAUGACGCUUUGAAAGAAGAGAUUCAGCAUCUCAAGGUUCUAACUGGUCAGCCAAUGUCUAAUGGCGGAGCUAUGAUGAACUUUCCUGCAUCCUAUGGAGCUAAUCAGCAAUAUUUCUCCAACAGUCACACAAUGAACACAUUGCUGACUGCUCAACAACUUCAGCAACUCCAGCUACAUUCUCAGAAGCAGCAGCAGCACCAAUUUCAGCAGCGUCAACUUCAUCAGUUUCAGCAGCAACAGAUGCAGCACCAGCAGGAGCAGCAGCAGUCGCAGACUGCCGAUAUGAAGCUUAGAAAUUCUAUGCAAUCUUCUAUGGAAAAGGACCGUGCCCCCGACUCAUCAUCGAAGGACUAGACAUGGAAACAGGCACGCUUUUUGGGCAGAAGGCCGCGUAUGUCAUGGAUCUCUGUUGUCAUCUCUUAGCUCAGUUACUUUGUUAGUCUUGUUUAGGUAAAAAUGCACAAUAUUGGUUUCAGUAGGCAGUUUAUUCAAUUUGAGUUGCUCCAUAUUUGUUUCAUUACUCUCACCUAGUGUAUUGAGUUUCGAGUAUUAUGUUUAGUAGUAAAACUUAUUUACUUCA